CGCUACACGCACCGUAGUCUGCCGAUAUAUAUCUUAAAGUUAUGUUCUUGGCAGCUAGAUGAGGGACGGAAGCAAUUAAACUGGAUUCGAAUCUUAGCCCCGUGAGAAGCAAUUGAACUCUCGCCUUAGCUUAAAGGGUCAAAGCGCCCCGGGUAGACAUGAAAUCACUAAGAAUUCAAGACGCCAGAAGAUUGAGUCGGGGUUUCCUGCGAAAUAUUCAGGCCUGACCGUGAUGUUCAAACGACUUUUCGAGCUCGGCGUGGCCGUGGUGCUAUCGCUGUCCGUGUUGGUCACGGCGCAUCCGGGUGAGAACCUGAGUGCGCGCCAGAUAAGGGAUGAGGUGGACAAUGCCCACGUAGUCAACAUUAUAAACUCGAGGGCCCUGGAAGCGUGCCAGAAUGAUCCGGAAGUGAAAGCGCGCAAAGCGCGAGCCAUCGCUCGCCGGGCUGCCACCUUCGCACGACUACGCGAAGAAAGAGGUCUAACUGAAGCGGCGUGGCUUCAUCGACGAAGUGCUGCCCAAUUCCGACAAUGGGCCGCUUUAAGUCAUAAUAAAACAGGUUCCAUCGAUUUGAACAAGGAGUCCUCUAAUUCAGACAUCUUUGGGUCCAACACCAGCUGUAUCUUGACUCCGGAUAAUGCGAAUGGGCCGUAUUUCGUCAAUCAAGAGCACAUCCGCUCAGACGUUACGGAGAAUGUGCCUGGCGUUCCCAUGCAUCUCGAACUCCAAUUCAUCGACGUGAAUACUUGCAAGCCGGCCACACAGCUCCUGAUCGACACUUGGUCGUGCAACGCAACCGGCCAAUAUAGCGGCGUGAGCGCACGCGGUGAAGGAGGGCUCGGGACCACGUAUUUGCGCGGUGUUCAGCCCACUGAUAAAGACGGCGUAGUGUCCUUCGACACUAUCUUCCCAGGGCACUAUCAGGGACGUGCCACCCACCAGCACCUCAUUGCACACGUUGGAGCCACGACUUUGCCGAACGGAACCUACACCGGCGGUCGCAUAGCACAUCUUUCCCAGUUAUUCUUCGAUCAGACCUUACGCGACGCCAUCGAGGCUACGGCGCCAUACAACACUAACCGGAUCCCCAAGACAGCAAACCUGGUGGAUCAGUUCACUGGGUAUGCUGCCACCUCGAAGUACGAUCCCUUGCCGAACUAUAUCUUACUUGGUAACGGUCUAUCUAACGGUCUCUUUGUUUGGGCUGAACUUGGUCUCAACACCUCAUCUAACUGGGACUACUACGCGCCGCAUGCAUCAACUUGGAAAGAAGGCGGCGGCUAUAAUAAUCCCAAUUUCAAUUUCCUGGCUGUAGCUUUCCCUCCACCUACCCACGGCUAAAUGCUCUAGUAGGGAGAGAAAUUGAGAUGUUCAUGUUACUCAUAGUUGUCUAGACACGAAGUGAAUUUUGACCAAGAGAUACUUAUGAUUUAUGC